ACAGUCAAAAUCAAAGAAAUUUCUUUUUGAAUUAGUGAAUUACCAUCCAAUUUCCCAGUGAAAGAUGAAGCCAGUUUCUUCUUCUUGUUGUCAAUUAUGCAAAGUCCUAGAGUUUCUUGCGGUUAUUACCCUUCAUCUUCAACCAUCUCACCUAUUCUUUUAGAAAAUGACUGAGGCACUGAUUACCAUAGUCCUCACCGAGCUAACUCAACUGAUGGAUCAGCAGAUCCGCAAGCAGUUGCGUCUAGUAACGGGAGUGGAAAGAGAAGUCCAGAAGCUCAACAGCUCCUUCCGAUCCAUUCAGGCCGUUCUCGCGGAUGCAGAGAAGAGGCAAGUCAAGGACGAGUCCGUUAGGGUUUGGCUCAUGAAGCUUCGAGACAUUUCCUACGACAUGGAUGACUUGUUGGCCGAAUUGAGCACAGAAAUCUUGAAGAUACAAAUCGAAGGCGUUGAUGAAAACCCUACUUCUUCUGCUCCUAAGAACAAGGUAUCCUCAUUUCUCUCAUGCUUCGGAUUCAAUAAGGUUGUCCAGCGUCGCGAUAUAGCUCUUAGGAUAAAAGGGAUAAAUGAGAGACUAGAUAUUAUAGCUGUUGAGAAAGAUAGGUAUAAAUUUGACAUGAUUAUGGAUAAAGAAGAAUAUAGGCAAUACCAUAGUACAUCUUACGUUGAUGUGUCAAAGAUAUAUGGUCGGGAGGGAGAAAAGGGUACCUUAAUAAGCAAGCUCUGUAACAAUAAUAGCAGUGAACCAGAACAAGAACAAGGCCUCCAUAUAAUUGCAGUUGUGGGUAUGGGAGGUAUCGGGAAGACAACACUCGCACAGCUUGCUUACAAUAGCCGCGAGGCGAAUUCGGGGUUCGAGAUAAAAAUGUGGGUGUGUGUAUCCGAGCCUUUCGAUGUGGUAAAAGUUGCAAAAGCGAUUGUUGAAGAGGUCCAAGGCAGUGCACCGAAUGUGUUUGAACUCGAGACCAUAUUGUGCAACCUUAGGAACUCGAUUUCCGGGAGGAGGUUCCUGCUCGUGCUGGAUGAUGUGUGGACGGAGGAUUUUAGGAAGUGGGAGCCGUUGAGGGACUCCCUAACGACGGGUGCAGGCGGGAGUAAGGUUCUGGUGACCACACGCAACGAGAGAGUGGCGAGGAUAAUGGAAACCACAUACACAUUGCGUUUAGAGGAGCUGCCGAGUGAUGAUUGCUGGUCGUUGUUCAGCAAAAUUGCGUUUCUUGGGAGGGGCAAAGAUAAAUGUGAGGAGCUAGAAGAGGUGGGGAGGAAAAUCGCGCUGAAAUGCAAAGGAUUGCCUCUAGCUGCAAAGACUAUCGGGAGCCUGAUGCGGAUGAAAAACUCUGUUCAAGAUUGGAAGAAUGUUUUGGAGAGUGAGAUAUGGAAGUUGGAAGAUGCAGAGAAAGGUCUGUUUCCACCUUUGUUGUUGAGCUACUAUGAUCUUCCCUCAGCUCAGAGAAGGUGCUUCUCGUACUGUGCUAACUUCCCGAAAGACUACAAGAUCGAGGCCGAUAAUCUGAUCAAACUCUGGAUGGCUCAAGGCUACCUCCUCAACCCGAGAAGCACAGAAGAAAUGGAGAUCACGGGACGAGGCUACUUGGAAGAUUUGGUCUUGAGGUCGUUUUUCCAAGAAGUGGAAAGAUCUAAAGAUGGCGAGACGAUACUAAGAUUCAAGAUGCAUGAUAUGGUUCACGAUUUCGCACAAUAUCUUACCUAUUGUGAAUGCCUUAUCAUGGAAGUUCAUAGUAACUUGGCAUCAAGGUUGGAUAAAUUGGAACGAAAGGCUCGUCAUCUUACCUUAGUUCGGGCAGAGGAGGUGCCAUUUCCUGCUUCGAUUGGUGAAACAAGAAAACUUCACAGUUUUUGGGUUCAAUCGUUCUAUGACUCCCCACCAAUCGUUAGCGAAAUAGAUAGAGUGACUUCUGAGUUAUUCCAAUCUUUAACUUUCCUGAAAUCCUUAGAUCUUAGCCGGAACAGAUUGUAUCAGCUUCCAAAAGAGCUCGGGAAAUUGACCAAUUUGAGAUAUCUCAACUUAUCCCACAACCCAUUGUGGGAACUCCCAGAAACAUUAUGUGGUCUCUACAAUUUGCAGACUUUGAAGAUCAUUUCCUGUGAUCAUCUCCGAAAGCUGCCUCAAGGGAUUGGAAUGUUGAAAAACUUAAGGCAUCUCGAGAUAGAUCGCACUGAGAGCCUCAAAACAUUGCCAAAAGGUGUUCGAAACCUGGAUAAUCUUAGAACACUGAGCAAAUUUAUCAUGGUUAGUAGCAGCGAUAGCGGAGACUCAAUUUGCUGCUUGCAAGACUUGAAAAACUUGAAUCAACUGCAAGGAUACCUUAAGAUCGAGGGGUUGGGAUUCGUGGAAGAUGCGAUUGAAGCAGAACGAGCUGAACUGAAGAACAAGAAGCAGCUGGUAAAUUUGCAUAUGGAUUUCAAGCCUUCGGUUGAAGAUGAGAAGACAAUGGAGCUGAUCGAAGCUCUCGAGCCACCUCAAGAAUUGAAGCAUUUGCAGAUAAGUUUCUAUGGAGGUUCUCAGUUCCCGAGUUGGAUGGUAUACUUAAGCAAUCUAAAAAAACUCCAUCUUCAAGAUUGCCAAAACUGUGUCCAUUUACCUCCACUGGGAAAACUGCCCGCCUUGGAAACACUCACCAUAGAAAACAUGCAGAAUCUGAAAACCAUCGGGCUCGAAUUCUUAGGAAUUGCAGAUGAAGUAAAGAACAAUGGAAGCACAGAAACAGGUUCACUAAAGGGGGCAUCAUCAUCAACCAUUAUCGGGUUUCCUAAGCUAAAGAAAUUGAAGAUUGUAGGGGCAGGAAACUGGGUAGAGUGGGAAGUGAUUAGCAGAGUUGGAGAAGAAAAUAUGAAGAUCAUGCCAUGUCUACUUUAUCUGAAGCUUUCUGAUUGCUGCAAGUUGAAGCAAGUACCACUGGCCCUUCUCCAGAAAGCGCCCUUGAGAAAAUUGAGAAUACAGAAGUGUCCAAUUUUGCAGCAGCAAUACCGGAAAGUAACUGGACAGUUAUGGAGCAGCAUAUCUCACAUACCAAAGAUCCGGAUAUCAUAGGGAAAUUGACUGUUAUGGAAAAGUCAGCCCCAUAUUUGACAAAAAUACGAGGCUGACAAAUUAUGGACGGUCAAGGGAAAACUGAGUUUGGGAAAUACGGUUGGGCUGAAAAACGCAUUUCCCAAACUCGGUUCUAUUCUUCUCUCUCCCCGUUAAUAUCAGACGCAUUUUCCAAACUCGAUUUUCCCUUGACUGUCCAUAAUUUGUCAACGUCCUAUUUUUGUCGAAUACAGGGCUGACUGUCCUAUAACAAUCAAUUUUGUGCUUGCUUAGAGGAGUUGAGAGGUUCCUUGGAUGCUGGUAACUUUUCUCUUAUUUGUUGGUUUACUGCAUACAUUUUUUUUCCCAAUACUUGUGGGUCGCACGCAAGGUGAAGAUAUGCAGUAAAUGAGACUAUGCUAUCACUUGUAUUCACCAUGUCAGCAUAUUAUUACAGGUAACAUGUAGAAAACUUGUAAAAAUACUAGAC